ACAAAAAUAACACAUCUAGGCCGCGCUCGCGCCGUGAAUUUUAGUUUCGCUUUUACGAGAGUCCACUACGAUCAUAUUCGAAACAUUUUGCGGGCAAAAAUACAAAAGUGAAGCUAUAACGUUUUUAACGAAGUUACCACACUUUUCAACUUUGGCGGUGCAGUGUUUGACAUUUUUGUGCUGCGGUGAAAAAGUGCUCUCGCGAAAACAUGUUCAAUCAUACGAGCAGUUCAUGCAAAGUUGGUUCUAGUAAUUAUAGCAGGAAAGGCGAUAGUCCCAAAAAGAAAGAUGGAAAGCUGGCUGACAAGUCACCUCGUGUGAAGCGGAGGGAAGGUAUGUGGGGCGGGGGUGCGCAGUGCGUCCACGCAUCGUUGCCACGUGGAGCGCGCGCGCAGCCCGCGCCGACGCUCAGUGGCGCCAUCGCCAGCCGCCGCCCGCCCAGGCCAACGCCCCCGUCACCGACUGUGGUCGCGCAGAUCGACUCCUCAGUAGCGUGUCUCUGGCUGCUCACCCCCUUGUCGGCUGGCACAGCUGUGGUGGCAGUGCUGGUGGCUGUCUCCACCAACAACUGGCUCCACACGGAAGAGAACAUGCUGAAUCCCAGCUACAAUGGCACGGGCCGGCACGGACUGGUUGCCAAGCACACAGUGUCGGGGCUGUGGAGGAUAUGCCAUACUGAUCCUGGCAGUACGGUGUAUCGGUGUUUAGAUAUUCCAUAUUUUCCAUUAUCACAAUACUCACCAGAUCCAAGUGAUUCCACGAACGCUAUACCUUAUGUGGUGACGAGGUCAGCCGCGCCUCUUCUUCUGGCAGUGUUCACUCAGGCAGUGGGCGCGCUGUGUUGCGUGCUGGGCCACUGCGUCAAGGGCCGGAGACUGUGCACCUUCAUCGCUGGAGUACUCUUUAUUAUAUCUGGUCUCAUAAUGCUGACUGGAAUUGUCAUGUACAUAUCUGUAUUUAAGUCUCAACUGGGCCACAAGCUGCGCUACAUGACCGUCUACGAUAUGCCUCGGAUGUCUUACAGUUACGGAUAUUCCUUUGGACUAUACAUUGGCGGCUUCAUAGCGGCUGAGUUGGCAGGCACAUCUGCUAUCUUCCUCUUUCUUCAGUGGUACCAAAAAGACUGGAUAACUGAGCUUUCUGAAAAAGCCAAAGCCGACUGUCGAGCUUGGGACCGUGAAUACGCUUUCACUGAGUACAGAGAACAAGACUCCACCUUAUUAGAAAGACGAAUGAUGAAGAGGGACACGUAUCCACCCACCGGCUCAUCGGCUGCUACGCCCCGCGAGAGAAGGCGGUUUGUCUUCGACGGCGACGAUAUGCCACACUGCUCAAUACACAAAAACAGGAGAAUUAAUUUAAGUUCAGCAUCUUUGAAAGACUUGUCGUCUUCGACGCUAUACGGUUUUCCUGCGGCGCCGAGGCCAACCGCCUGCGACAACUAUUUUGAGGAGUUCAAAGAAGUACCUCAAAGCGCGAAUACGCUAAGCGGAUUACGGAGCGCUUCAAUUUUCCAGUCACAGGCAUCAGUGGCCAGCGGACGGUUCCUGGAUACGUCAGCUGUAGAACCACCACCGUCUAGAGAAGAAGAGCUGGUGACAUUUGGAGCAGGUGUUCGGGCACCUCCAAAGAAUGAUGAGCAGCAGAAUCCUCCACGUCACGACCGUGCCGUGGGCACCGACCCCUACCGCCGUACCACGCCCGUCUGAUCCACGACCAAGGGUCUACCCAAACGUUUAUAAAGCAUAUCGACAAGUGAUAAAAGUGAUCAUGCUGUUUCACGUACUAUUCACACCUAGACAUGUAAUGACGAAUAAAUAAUUAUUGUACGUAGGUAGGUAACGGUUAAGAAGUGUCUUUCGAAUUUACGUACAGGACAUUACGUGAAUUUGUGUUAUGAAUUUUUUAAUUGUUACAUUCCCUUAAAUAAACACUGCCA